AUGUUUUUUCAACUUGCAUGUGUGGUUUGAAUGUGCAAGCAUUUGUGUGUGGUGUGUUCUGGAGUUUGGGAAUGUGUUCUGUGUUAUUUUUGUUUGAGCAGGUAUUUGUGAUAAUAGAUCUUGAGAAGAUCUUUCCGACGCAACAAGAAUCGCUUCACUCGGAGCAAGAACGCGAAAGCUAUGAAGAUUCAAAGUUCAUGAGCUUGCGUUACAAUUGCGGCGGUUACAAAGUGAAGUUGUGGGUGGUGUUCUAAAGGUUGGAUGUGUCUUCCGCUAAGGGGAAACUCUGCCGAAAUUUCGUGGACGCCGACACUUGUGAAAAUAUCGAGGGAGCUGAGUGUGGACAGCAAAGGGGAGCUGAAAUUCGUCAUUUCUCAAGAAGGAGAUGAAUGAGAGAGGAGGAGAUGCUAAUGGAAGAGGAGCUGUAGCUGAGAAGACAAGUGAGCCGCCGCCAUCAAAAGUUGAAGCUUUGGAUGGCUCCAACUAUGAGGAAUGGAGCGGGCGGAUGAGGAGUGCCUUCAAACGCUACAAGCUACUGAAGAUUGCUGUUGGGGAGGAGAAGAUGCCGGAAGAAGGCGAAGCACGUGAACGGUGGAUUGAGAAAAGCGCGGUGCUUUUUGACCUCAUCCUUCAAUCGGUCAACAAGGAGAUGUUCGAGCACAUCAAGGAUCUUGUGGAAGCGGAUGAUUCGGGUCCAAGGGCGUGGAAACUACUACGCGAUGUGAUUCAGCCCAACACUCUCCCGAUGGUGAUCGUGCUCGAGAAGGAACUUGCUGCCAUCUCCAUGCGACCAGGGGACGAUGUGAAGCCGGUCCUUGACAAGAUCAAGGACACCUAUGCAAGGAUGGCAGCAGCGGGUAGCAGUGUAUCUCAGCUGCAGCAGUGCACCAAGAUCAUCUCGGUGUUGGACAACUCUUGGGACAACCUCAUCCCCACCCUCAACUCUCAGCAAGAUCAAUGGACACCUGAGUGGCUAAGGCAGCAGAUUCUGCAGGAGGACUUCCGCAGACGCCAUGUGGGAGGCGGUGCUGCCACUAAGACUGCUGAGGGGUAUGGAGCUGCAGGGCGCGGCAGAGGAAGAGGGGGUUGGAGAGGCCGAGGCCGUGGGAGAAGCUUUGGCAGAGGUAGAGGCCGAGGUGACUAUAAUGAGGGGCAUGGGAGCUCCAGUGGCAGGGGGAGUACCAGAAUGGAGGGCACCUGCUGGUACUGCAAGAAGGUCGGGCAUCCUUGGUUCAAGUGCUUCAGCAGGCCGGAGGGAUGGUCACCUCCAGGCAUGAAGCCGCCAAGUGGUGAACGCGCACAAGGUGGCGCUGUGCAAGGCUCAGGUGCACAAGGUAACGCCUAUCCUGGGAUGUAUCUCAUGGUUGAGGAUGUGCAUGGGCAUGAGGGUGAUGUGGGAUCUGUGGGAAAGGUUGUGAUGCACCCUCUCACGCACUGGGUGAUUGAUUCGGGUUGCACCAGUCACAUGACUCCACGGGCAGAUUUGCUUAAUGAGGUAAAACCCCCUGGGAAGAUUAAGUAUGUGGCAGCAGCGUCAGGUGCUUUGCUCCCCGUGAUUGGUGUUGGGAAUGCCAAGGUUAAGGGAGCUAAUGGGGAGCUUGUGGGGCUUGGGAAUGUUCUGCUGGUUAAAGGCUUGUCUGCUAACCUUCUCUCUGUGCGGCGACUGCAGAAGAGUAAGGCCGAAGUGAUCUUUGGACCAACCAGCUGCCGUGCUAAGCUUGGGAAGAAGGUGCUGUGGAGUCUGGAAGAGGAGACCAGCUGCAUCAAGGACCUGUGGCAGCUGCCCAUCAUCCCUUGGAAUGGGAAGACUCCAACAGCAGCAACGGCAGCAGCGGCAAAGGUAACAGCAGGAGGAGAUGCAACUGCACCAACUGAUGGGGUCCUGGAAGCAGUCAAGAAAGUGCAGCAGCAGCAGACACAUGGUGAGGUGCUUGCUGGUGUGGAUGCAAGUGCGGCAUGGGCUAAGGCUUCAUCAAGGAGUGGAGAGGCCGAUUGGGAGACAUGGCAUGAGAGGCUGUGUCAUGUGAACUUCCCUAUGCUGCAGAAGUUGGUGAAGGAUGGGAGCCUGAAAGGAUUGGAGGUAAAGGGGGGAUUGAAGGAGAUUGGGAGCUGCCCUACAUGCUUGGAGACCAAGUUCUUUAAGUUCCCCUUCAACAGCACUACAGGACCAGCCAAGACCCCACUUGUACUUGUGCACAUGGAUGUGGUGGGGCCCACGAGAGCCCCUUCCCUCUCAGGCAGCCGCUAUUUCUUGACAAUUGUGGAUGACCACACUCGGGCAGUGUGGGUUUACCCUCUCAAGAGCAAGGGGGAGGUGGCAGCGGCUGUCCUUAAGGAGUGGAUGCCGAGAGCUCAGAGGGAAUGCGGACACAAGGUGAAGGUGAUCCGUAGUGACAAUGGUGGGGAGUUCAUUGGAGCUGAUUUUGAGGGGGAGUUGAAGAGGAAGGGGAUCCAGCAUCAACUGACAGUGCCCUACAACCCGCAGCAGAAUGGCGUGGCUGAGAGGUUCAACAGGACCCUGCAGGAGGGGGCACGCACUCUCCUUGGGCGUGCAGGGCUGCCUGAUCCGUUUUGGGUGUCUGCACUGAGGCAGGUCGCCCUUGUGAAGAACAGGGUGCUGGCUACAGUUGGGGAUAAGGAGUGGAUCCCAUAUGUCAAGUGGUAUGGGAGUGCUCCAGCUGUGAACAUGUUGAGGGCAUUUGGGUGCAUGGUGGUGUUUCAUGUGCCCAAGGAGAAAAGGGGGAAGUUGGAGGCUUCUGGAAGAUGGGGUGUGCACUUGGGGAUUGCAAAGGAUCACAAAGCAUGGUUGCUAUGGGACUUGACCACCCAGAAGCUGACAGUGUCAAGGGAUGUGAAGUUUCUUGAGUCCUUGUACUACAAGGAAUGGAAGCAGCAGCAACAGAAGCUUCCAUCUACACCGCUCGUUGUGGAGGUAGAUGAGGUGCAGCGGCCUUCAAGACAGGUGGAGGUUGCAGUGUCUGAGGAGGAGAUGUCUAGGGUGACUGAGGAAGGGGGAGCAGCUGAGGUGGACCAGCAGCAGCAGCAUGAGUCUCCAUCUCGAGUUCCACACCCGCCUGAGCGACCUAGGAGGGAUGUGCGCCCUCCGGUGAGGCUGACCUAUGGGGGAAGAGGCAAGCCGAAUGUGGUGCAGGCUGGGAGUGUGGUUGAGCAGAUUGAGGAAGAUGAGAUCGCUCACUGCUACUGGGCACCAAUCCCUGAGCCCAAGACUCGAGAAGAGGCCUUGAAUGGACCAAAUGGGGAGAAGUGGAAGGCGAGUGAGGAUGAGGAGUUCGGGUCCCUGAUUGAAAACGAGACAUGGGACCUGUGUGACUAGCCUCCUGGGAAGAAGGCAAUCACUUCCAAGAUGAUCUACAAGCACAAUGAAAGCGGAUGGCACCAGCAUUGGGGGUUAUGUGUGCUUGCUAGGAGGUGGUGCUGUGAGCUGGCGCAGCAAGAAGCAAAAUGAGGUGGGAUUGUCCUCAUGUGAGACUGAAUGUGGUAUGGUCGAUGAUGGUUGGCAGCCAGAGGGGGAGAUUGUUGGGUGAUGUCAUCAUAUGCUAUCACAUUCUGUCUGCCUCCCAUCCCAUGUUUUUUCAACUUGCAUGUGUGGUUUGAAUGUGCAAGCAUUUGUGUGUGGUGUGUUCUGGAGUUUGGGAAUGUGUUCUGUGUUAUUUUUGUUUGAGCAGGUAUUUGUGAUAAUAGAUCUUGAGAAGAUCUUUCCGACGCAACAAGAAUCGCUUCACUCGGAGCAAGAACGCGAAAGCUAUGAAGAUUCAAAGUUCAUGAGCUUGCGUUACAAUUGCGGCGGUUACAAAGUGAAGUUGUGGGGGACAAAGGUCAAAGUUGAGGUUCCUAUAGGGAGGGAAUCUUUGUGCUUAUGGGGUUUCCUUGGUUGGGGACUCUCUUGGGACCUUCCCUCUCAUCCCUCUCUUCUUAUCCCAACCUUUCUCUUGCUCCUUCUAAUUCCUUGUGAGAUUCUUGAACUUUGAUUGAACCUUUUGAGAUUGAGUUAAGUUCUCCUCCUACAGCUUACCCCCUAAUGCGUCGAAAGCCAUAACGUCGCGAAUACUUCAUCAAUCAACGUGAUUCAAAUUGGGAACGGUAGCUGAGAUUAAGAGCUACAACAUAUCCAAGUUUCGCGACAUUCCAACUGCUAGU